AAUCAUACUAAUAUUCUUCUUAACAUUUCUGAUACUGAAUUAUUUGUUAAUAACAAUACUCUGACCUUGAAAGAGCUUGCCCAAGAUAUUAUAGCUCUUAACCUAUCUAAUAUGAUGUCAGUUGAAGAGUUUUUAAACAAUUCAAAUAAAAAAAUAACUUAUAAAGCUCCUAAUGAUAAUAAGAUUAUUCAAAAAAUCGUUGAAUUAUAUAAAAAAAUACCAGAAGAGCAAAUUAAUAGUGAUGAAGAUGUUGAUAAUAAUAUUGAACCUUUAAUUAUAAGUACUAGUAAUAUAUUCAAAG